AUGUCGACUCAGAACCAAGUUUUCAAGGCCAUCCAGUCACGACGAAACAAUAGCAAAACUCCUUCAAGACGAGAGGUUAAUACCUUGCUGAAGCAAAUUUACGACCCGGAGCUGGACGGUCCACUCCACUUCUACUCACAAGAUAAGAACGGCCUUCCAGUUGCGAAAAUAUCAACCACUGUGGCAGACUGGCAGGGCCAGAAGAAGCCAUCAGGCUUCAAAGGGACUCGUUGGCCACCAUUGCGCGUCGAGGAUCUAGUUGGUAACCCAGACCUCCUCGAAGUCUGCGUCAACCAUGAGGAAAACAUCCGGAAAUGUCGCUGUAGCCACCAAACUUGGGCCGCGAAGAUGUUCAAAUUCUGGCUGGAAAAUAUCCUGCUUCGAGACGCCGAGGACAAAGGAUGCGGUGCUUUUGCGCGUAAUGCGAUACCGGCCAAUACGCCAAUUGGGGAGUUUACCGGGAAGAUCAUACCCCGAAAUGAGGAUGCCGAAGAUGAUGCAGAGCAGUACCAUUCUGGCAUCGCAAUCGGGGACUACGAAUCCGAUGAUAAACAACGAUCUACUGCAUGGCUCGACGCUACCUAUACCGGUUCAGUCUGCCGCUUCUUCAAUCACUCUUGUAAUUUUAACGCGCAGUUAGUGGAGGGAAUCUGUGGCAUGAAGCACCGCAUCGUAUAUGUGGAAACCACGCGUACAAUCGAAAUAGGCGAGGAAAUUACCAUCGAUUAUGGGGAUAAGUGGUUUGAAACGCCGGAUAAGCCGUGUCUUUGCGGGACCGCAAAUUGUAAGAACCCACCGCAGUCGUGGAGCGAGGUGAUGGACCUAGAUACUUAUAGCUCUGAAAGUGAGGAUAGUGAUAAUACCGACUAG